GUUGACGUAGACUCAACAGUCCAGCAAAUAGCAUGGAAAUGAAUUGAGCCCGCACAAGAGCACAGCCAGUACAACGAGCGUAUUCAACUAGUCAGACCAAUUUCAUCUCGGAAACCUUCAAAAUACUGUCCCCGGCGAGCCCAGGAACCCUUGCCGGCGUGGGGAGGCCAUCGUCGUUUUUCCGCCGAUCACAUCCUCUCCAUCAUCAGUCUCCGUUUUCAUUCAAGCACCAUGGGCCCUGCCGUUCUCUUCUUCCUCGUACUUGUAGCUGCAUCACUGUUGCCCUCCACGGCGCAACCCUGGCGCUAUCCACACUAUCCAAAUAAUACUACCAACCUUUCGACGGUGUGGACAAACAACGGCAAAUUCAGCUUCUACAAUAGCUCAGCCGUGCGCCCGAUUCUCCAAGGUUUAUCACCCGAACAAGAUCCAGAGCUUCCUGGUUUUGCCUUUGUAGCAGGGUUCAUAUGUCCCUUGACGCCUACAUGUGACAUGUCCCUCUUCGCUAUCUUUAUUGUACAUGUCUAUGCUGGCAUAUUGGAGCGGUUUUAUCCAGUGCAGGUGGUCUGGUGUGCCAAUCGGGCUAGCCCUGUUGGGGAGAAUGCCACCCUCGAGCUUACCACGGAUGGAAACCUGGUCCUCCGUGAUGCUGAUGGUAGCCACGUCUGGUCAAGUAACACCUCUGGCCAAUCUGUAGCUGGCAUGCUGAUCACGAAGAUCGGCAAUUUGGUGUUGUUUGACCACAAGAAUGCAACUGUGUGGCAGUCAUUUGAUCAUCCCACUGACACAUUGGUCCUCGGUCAGUCACUUCAGGAAGGUACGAGACUCAUAGCAAGUACUUCUGCAACAAAUAUGACCCAAAAUCAGUUGUAUAUCACUGUACUCCCACAUGGGUUAUGUGCUUAUGCUGAAUCUGCACCACCACAACCCUACUACUGUUCGCCCUCGGUUCCCAACAACAAGAAAGGAAAUGUUACAUUUGUGAAUGGAAGCCUUGUCCGGUCAGAUUUUUCUGAUAUAUCACAGCUACCACCAGCUAAAUCCACCCAAUACAUGAGAUUAGAUUCAGAUGGACACAUGAGGUUGUAUGAGUAUGAAUGGUCUAUGGAAAAAUGGACUGUGGAGUAUGAUAUACUGCAAAUAGAUGACUGUGCUUACCCAACAGUCUGCGGAGAGUACGGUAUAUGCACCCAGGGACAAUGUGCUUGUCCACUUCAGAACUAUUCUAGUUCAAGCUACUUCAAGCCGGUGGAUGAGCGGAAGCCAAAUCUUGGUUGCACGCCAAUAACUCCAAUCUCUUGUCAAGAAAUUCAACACCAUUCGCUCUUGACACUCACUGAUAUUUCUUACUUUGAUAAAAGCCAUGACAUUGUAAAUUUGAGCGAAGAUGACUGCAAGCAAGCUUGCUUGAAGAACUGCUCAUGCAGGGCCGUUAUGUACAGCUAUGACCGGUUGGGUCCUGGUAGAUGUACCUGGAUGACAAAGGUCUUCUCCUUGCAAGCAAUGCAACCUGUAGGAAACUUAAGUUCCUCUACUUACCUCAAGGUGCAACUUAACCCCUCCAUUUCUGCAUCUUCUUCAAACAAAAUAAGAUAUAUUUCAAACAGAAAAAAGGUGAUGGUAGGUGCUACACUUGGAGCUAUUACUGCUCUUGCAUUACUUGUCAUUGUUGUCAUUCUUUAUCUACGAAGAAGGAACAAGUAUGAAGACAAAGAUGAGGAAUUUGAUUUCAAUCGAUUGCCUGGAAAGCUGAGGAGAUUUUCUCUAGAGACAUUGAGGGAAUGCACAGAAGGGUUCAAUAAGAAGCUCGGAGAAGGUGGGUUUGGGUCAGUUUUUGAAGGGAAAUUAGGUGAACAAAGAGUUGCAGUGAAACGUUUGGAAGGUGCUAGACAAGGAAAGAAAGAAUUCCUAGCAGAGGUUGAGACUAUCGGCAGCAUUGAACACAUCAAUCUUGUUAGCCUGGUUGGGUUUUGUGCAGAGAAGUUAGAGAGGCUUCUAGUAUAUGAAUAUAUGUCAAGAGGGUCACUUGAUAGGUGGAUCUAUUACCGCCAUAACAAUCCAUCUCUUGAUUGGUGCACCCGGUGUAGGAUAAUUCUGGAUAUUGCCAAGGGUCUGUGCUAUCUUCAUGAGGAAUGCAAGCGAAAGAUUGUUCAUUUGGACAUCAAGCCACAAAAUAUUCUUUUGGAUGACAAUUUCAAUGCCAAAGUGGCUGAUUUUGGCCUAUGUAAGUUAAUAAAUAGGGAUCAAAGCAAGGUAGUUACUGUGAUGAGAGGAACACCUGGAUAUCUUGCCCCUGAAUGGUUGACAUCACAGAUCACUGAAAAAGUUGAUGUCUACAGCUUUGGAGUUGUUGUCAUGGAAAUAGUAAGUGGAAGAAAAAAUAUUGACCAUUCUCGGCUCGAGGAGGAAGUUCAACUUAUAAAUGUACUGCGGGAAAAAGCUCAAAACGACCAAUUGGUUGAUCUCAUUGACAAGCAUAGUGAUGAUAUGGUUUCACGUCAGGAAGAAGUGAUUCAAAUGAUGAAGCUCGCAAUAUGGUGCCUGCAAAAUGAUAGCAUUCGAAGGCCUUCAAUGUCAAUAGUGAUCAAGGUAUUGGAAGGUUCUAUGAGUGUAGAAACUAUCGAUGCAAACUCGGUCAUGCUUGUUCAACAUAAUGCAUCAACAUAUUCAAUUCCACCACAAGCAUCAGUUUUAUCUGGCCCAAGGUGAAAUGGGUGGCUAUAAGUAGAAGUUAUUCGGCUUACGCACUCUAGCUUUUGUAUCCUAUUAUAUUUAUAUUUUGGAAUUACAUUUGAAAUGGCACAAGAUUAAACAUUUCAAGCCAAUAUAAUGUUUUGGAUUAGGAUUCAGGACAAAUGCAUCUAUAAAAUUACUUAGGUGGCAGGAAAGGAAAUCGAACGUUAUUCACGCUAGCAAUCCCCAUAUGAUGUGAUGUGAUAGUAUAGC